AUGGAUACUUUGCGCGAUCAAGACAUGGCCUUGCAGCUUAUGCUUGAGGACCUUGCGGAGCUCGAAGGCCAACAAAAGGGGAAACAACGAGCGGGCGAGUCAACAGACAAAGAAGUGGCAUUCGAGGCAAUGAAAAACGAGAUUCAUGCGGCUCGACUCUUGCUUCAAGAUCGGAUGCUAGCCGCUCGUGUCGGCACAGUAGCGCACGAUGAGACGGACAGCGACAGCGACAGCGACAGCACCAUAUCAGACCUUGUAGAUCUAACCGAACAGCAAGAUAUGCCAGACGCGUCUCAAGAACUAGAGAUAGCACCUACAAAGCCCACGUCAAACUGCGAUUCUUGUCUAGAACAACGACAAAUUUUUUUGAUUAAAUCCUGCAACCACAAUUAUUGCCACACAUGCAUUCGUGAGUUGUUUCUCGGUGCAAUCAGAGAUGAAGAGUUGUAUCCUCCUCGCUGCUGUGCUGAACCAUUCCCCGCCGAGACCGCAAGCCAAGUUUUGGGCAACAACGAACUCGAUAAUUUCAAUCAAAAGGCAACAGAGUACACGGCAGAACGUCGCGUGUAUUGCGCUGACCCGGGGUGUUCGUCAUUUAUUCCGCAGUCCGCGAUCCAGAGUGAUGUCGGCACAUGCCCAGAGUGUCAAAAGCUCGUUGCAAAACGUUUUAUCCAUGGCUAA